AAGCGUUGCCGCCUCGUCCUAGCCAACCAUCAUUUUAAUCAGCUCUUGCUACUCUCUCUCUCUCUCUUCUCUCUCUCUCUCUCUCUCACUCUCUCUGUCUCUGAUACUGCACAUCCAGAUGGAGAACAAGCACGGCCAGAAGCCUCAUGCUGUGAUGUUUGCCUACCCUCUUCAAGGCCAUGUGAUCCCCUUCGUCCAUCUAGCCAUGAAACUUGCAUCUAAGGGCUUCAUUAUCACCUUCAUCAACACCCUCUCCGUCCACCACCACAUCACAAAAUCCCAACCCCUUAUCGCCGCCAAAGACAACAUCUUUGCCGGAGCACGUGAAUCUGGUCUAGACAUACGUUACAAGACGGUUAGCGACGGUUUCCCAGUAGGGUUCGACCGCUCCCUCAAUCACGACCAGUUCAUGGAGGGUAUUUUGCAUGUCUUGUCCGCCCACGUCGAUGAAAUAGUAGAAGAACUGGUUCGGCACUCCGACCCUCCCGUCACUUGCUUGAUUGCAGACACGUUUUUCGUGUGGACAUCGAUGAUAGCCGACAAGUAUAACCUUGUUAACGUUUCUUUCUGGACCGAACCAGUUCUGGUUUUGACUCUCUACUAUCACCUCGACCUCCUUAGAAAAAAUGGCCAUUUUGCUUCUCAAGAUAAUCGUGUGGACACCAUUGAUUACAUACCUGGUGUGAGGGCCAUCCAACCAAAGGACUUGAUGUCUUAUCUUCAAGCUACCGACAACAUAUCGACUGUGGUGCACAGGAUCAUAUACAAGGCAUUUCAGGAUGUAAAAAGAGCCGACUUUAUUGUCUGCAACACUGUCCAAGAGCUCGAGUCCGAGACAAUCACAGCCUUACAAGAGAAGCAGCCAAUAUAUGCAAUCGGGCCAGUUUUCCCUGCUGGGUUAAUCACCAAGAACAUUGUUCCUACUAGCCUGUGGUCCGAGUCGGACUGCAUCCACUGGCUUCAAACCAAGCCACAUGGUUCGGUUUUGUAUGUCUCUUUCGGUAGCUAUGCUCAUGUGACUAAACAUGAUAUUACGGAGAUAGCAUAUGGGCUUUUAUCAAGUGGAGUGAAUUUUAUUUGGGUUCUUCGUCCAGAUGUUAUGAAUUCUGAUGAACAUGAUUUCUUGCCUGUUGGGUUUGAAGAUGACAUCAAAGGUAGAGGCUUAGUCGUGACUUGGUGCCGUCAGAUUGAUGUGAUCUCGCAUCCGACGGUUGGAGGGUUCCUAACUCACUGUGGAUGGAACUCGAUAUUAGAGAGUAUAUGGUGUGGUGUUCCGCUGUUGUGUUUCCCUUUGCUGACAGACCAAUUCACAAACAGAAAACUAGUGGUCGAUGAUUGGAGAAUCGGGCUUAAUCUUUGCGACAAGAAGUUAAUCACAAGGGAGGAAGUUGCAGCAAAGAUCAAUCGUGUGAUGAGUGGAAAAUCAGACGAUGAAUUGAGGAUGAAUACAAAGGAGCUCAGAAAUAUACUAGAGAAUGCAUUGAACAGUACCCAUGGCCAUGGAUCUUCAGAAAAAAAUCUCAAUCAAUUCAUCGAUGAUGUGAAGCUCAAAGUUAGAGAGAAACUUGGGGUAGUGACAUGGGAAACAAACGGUAUUCCAAUAUGAGGAAAUCAAUAUUCACCAUUAAAGAUCAAUCAUAUGCACCAGUUGAUAUCAUGUUGAAAAGUGAUUUUUUGUAUUCCAAGAUGAAGAUCAGUAGCUAGCAUUUCUCCUGUGCAUUAUUGUAGACUAGGGGUAAUGUAGUAGAUUAUAAUGAUGUGUUGAUCUACAUCUAUUUUUUUGGUCUAUGUAUCUUCACAGUUGAUCUAUCAAAUAAUGGAGUCAAGUGAUAGAAUUGAACUCCUGCUGAAUGGGCCAAAUGUGUGGAGUGGUCCUUAUCCAAAUUUUAACGCA